AAUGGGCUCGUCCAUAAUGCUGAGGAAAGAAGCGGCUCAUUUAAAACGCAAAGGCGAGUAUUUUAAAUGUUUACAGUUUUUAUUUUUAUUUCUUUUUACGGAUUUUUGUGCAAAUAUUAUUUUGUCCGUUCCUGUUAUGUUUUAAUGUGAUUUCUCUCAGCACACACAUCUUUACGGGCUUAGGCGAUGUCUCAAGCUACACUUUUGGAGGAGGUGGUUCAGUGGAGCCCGGAGACAUGUCAACAACAACUGAGAGUGGUCCUGCCCAAACUGGUCUCCUUUCAUCAGAACACUAAUAGCUGGAGUGAACACAUCAAUGUUCUGCAGAUUAUUGUAGACAUGUUCCUUCCUCAUCUCCCUCUGUCAGAACUUGAGGAAGAAUGUUUCUCUAAACUCCUACCUAAGGUGGUGGUGAUGUUUGCUGGCCUUUUGGAAGAGAUUGCCAAGCAAAUUGGAGACCUAUCCAGCCAGAACACUGAGCUCCAUGUAUUCCUCAGGGAUAUUCUGCAGAUGAUGGUGAAGACACUGGAAGCUCUGUCUGCGUGUGUGCGCCACGUGUGCACUCUUGAUGAGACCAUCUCCCUGGACUCCAUCCGCUCUCUGCCCUCUUGUGUCCUCCACAUCUUAAAGGACACCUUCCAGCACUGCAAGGAUAGUGAGGUUGUAUACAGCGGGAGACUGUCACUAGUGGGGGACCUUCUACAGGGUCUGUUCAGAGAAGCCUACUCCCUCCAGAAGUGCCUGAUGGAGCUGCUGGAUAAGAUCAGCCUGGAGAACAGUGCCUCUGAAGAAGAAAUAUCUGAUAUAGUCACAGUGAUCCACAGUUUGCUGGACAUAUGUUCAGUCAUAUCCAAUCUUGAUAUUGCCCUCCAUGCUAACACCUGGAAAUUCAUCAUCAAGCAGAGUGUGAAGUACCAGUCUCUGGUGGAGGAGCGCUUACGGCACAGUGACCUCAUUACUUAUUUGUGUGAGGACCUGGUGGCCUCAGUGCGGAACUCUCUGGAGAUGGCUGAGCAGAUGCAGCAGUCGGCUCUGAAGGAAAUAAAGCAGUGCCCUGAAUACAAAGUUUUCCAGAAAACCACAAAGAUGUGCAGGUUUUUUGCCAACACACUGGUCCAUUACAUAAAGGAAUUUAAUCCGUUCCUUUCAAAGUUCUGCAGUUGUUUUCACCAGCUCUACCUUCAAGUCCUCAGUAAAUUUCCUCCUUGUGCCUUAGCCCCGUCUGCGCCUGUUGCCCUGCUUGAAGAGCUGAGCGGUGUUGUUUUGGUCCCUAUGGAUGCUAUGCUGACACAGCUUUUAUCCACGAGGUCUUUUGUUGAGUGUGUUCUGACCCCGGCCCAGAAGUACAGUUCGGAUCUGGCCCUGGCGCAGUGUCUGCUGCUGGUGAACGUGUUGGGGAAGCUCUGCACCCAGACAGGUGAGACGCUGUGUCUCUGGUACGAUGGCAGUCAGUUCUCGGAGGAAACGCACAGGCUGUCAAUCUUUGAGGCAGUUUUUCUGUGUUUCCGUCAGUGCCUGGUGGAGCGGACUGUUCCUGUACGGUUGCCUGGGGUGAUGAUUCGUGGCCAGGCUCAGGGAACAGUGAGCCUGCACCAGCAUGUGUGUGUACAUCUGUGUGGCUGCGUGGCAGCACUGCCGGCUCGACACUUCCCCAGGCUGGAGCGGUCACUGUUAGGCGCUGUGCUCCAGUCAGACACCCAGACGGCCGUAUUAGCCACUGACGUCUGGUGCUUCCUGGCACGAUACGGUACGGCCGAGUUAUGUUUGCACCACGUUCUCCUCACAGCUCACCUGAUAAAGUCCUGCCCGGGUGCCAACUAUCAGCUGACUCAUUUGGGUUUGCUGCUAAGACGCCUGCUCUUUCUUAUGACUCCACACCACCAGUUGGAGUUUGUUGAAUGCUUCUUGCCGUCUAAGGAUGAGAACUUGUGUGUGUGGAGUCUUGUUUUACUCAGUAGUCUGUGCUCGGAUGUGCGUGCUCAUGUGGAGAGAGAAGUAUUGAACAGCGUCCAAGUUGCUAUUGAUGCUUGGCAUGGCGCAGACUACAGGCUAGGGAACAUACCCACACUGAACAAGGCACUGAGUUGUUUGCUGGUGGUGGUCCGAGGAGAUCCAGUGCAGGCUGAGUGUUUGACUUCUUCGGUGAAUAUUAUUCAUCAGCUGUGGAAUCGUAUGGAUGCUGCCCAGGUUCAGACCCACCCCUCUCUUCAGUGUACCUUGAAGCUGCUUCUGUCCAUCUCAGGGAAGUUGAUUCAAAGUGUAGAACCACAGGCCAUAGUUCAGGGAUGUUCCUGCCUCAUUGGCCUGAAUCUGCAGAUGUGCCAAGACGACUUGGUGCUGGCUGCUUUGGAGUAUUUGGCCUCCAUGGGGAAAGUGUUUGUUCCUUCUGAAAUUCAGUUUCAGGUUCUGCCCCGACUCAGCUGUCUGUUCAGCACUCUGCUGAUUCAGGAGUCUUGGCUGCUCCAUCAGCACACACUGGAAGCCUUUGCCACGUUUGCUGAGGCCACCAGUCAUGAAGAAAUCAUCUCUCAAAGUCUGACCACAGAGGAGACCAAGAACAAAGUGGUGAAGUUCCUCAGUAAAAUGGUCACAGCCCAGCAGGCUGCAGGGGUCCAUAUGGAGAGGCUGAGGGCUGAGGCAGCUGUGAUGGAAAGACACAGUGAUGGACUGGAGAGAAAGGAAAAGACACCUGAACAAACAUCUGUUGCUCAGCAGCCGUGUGCCAAGCGGCCACGCCAAGAGACCUGUGAACAAGACGAGUACGAGCGCUACCUCCAGGCAGCAGAAAGUGCUCUGAGGGCACUGCAGGGUCUUGCAGCUGUAUCCACUCCACAGUGGGUGACCUCGAGACUGCAGGCCUUACAAACACUGAUUACACAGAUCAGCAGUAACAUCCCCAUCCUCCCUGAUCCCUGAUCCCCGAGCAGGAAACAGGGCGGCACAGCAGAUCAUCCUGUUUCUCUCCGGCCUGGACACAUCAAUUUCAGCUGGAAGUAAAUAAUGCAACUGGAUAUUUGGGCAAGA